CUAUACAAGGGGCGGUUCCGCACACGGGACCUGGUAGGACCCGGGCUGCUGGGCGGAGGAGUGGGCUGUCUGCUACGAUUGCAGCCGGAAGGAAAUGAACGGGACACGGAACUGGUGUACUUUCGUGGACGUGCACCCAGAGGGCCAAGCCGCGGGCAGCGUGGACAUUCUCAGGCUGACUCUCCAGCACGAACUGACAGGAGAGGAACUUGAAAACAUAGCCCAGAAGGCGGGCAGGAAGACCUUCGCCAUGGUGUCUGGCUGCUCAGCUGGUCAUUCUCUGGCCUCAGAGCUGGUGGAGUCCAAUGAUGGACAUGAGGAGAUCAUUAAGGUGUACCUGAAGGGAAGAUCAGGAGAUAAGAUGAUUCAUGAAAAGAGUGUUAACCAGCUCAAGAGUGAGGUCCAGUACAUCCAGGAGGCUAGGACCUGCUUGCAGAAGCUUCGGGAAGAUAUAAGCAGCAAGCUUGACAGGGAUCCAGAAGACUCUGUUCAUCAACAGGAACUACAGGUGGUGCUCGAAAAGCCCAAUGGCUUUAGUGAGGGUGCUGUGACCCUGCACAGCAGGCCACCUGAGGCAGAGACCUUUGUAAAUGACGACAUUGAGAGGUUAAGAAAAGAUGUGCAGGACUUGCUUACCAAACUGCAGGAGGCAGAGAGGCGACACCAAUCAGACCGUGUGGCUUUUGAGGUCACACUGGACUGCUACCAGCGAGAAGCAGAACAGAGAAAUGUCGCGCUUCGGAGAGAGGAGGACAGAGUGGAGCAGAAAGAAGCAGAAAUCAGAGAACUGCAGAGGCGCGUGCUGGCCAUGGAGAUGGAGCAUCAGGCCUUACUGGUGAAAGUCAAAGAAGGGGAGAUGGCCCUAGAGGAGCUCCAGAGCAAGAAGGCUGACUGCCUAGCUGAGCAGGAAAAGUCUGUUGCCUUGGAAAAGGAAGUGGCGGGGCUGCGGGAGAAGAUCCACCACCUAGACGACAUGCUCAAGAGCCAGCAGCGGAAAGUCCGGCAGAUGAUAGAGCAGCUGCAGAAUUCAAAAGCCGUGAUCCAGUCAAAGGAUGCCACCAUCCAGGAGCUCAAGGAGAAGGUUGCCUAUCUGGAGGCUGAGAAUUUAGAGAUGCACGACCGGAUGGAACACCUGAUUGAGAAACAGAUCAGUCACGGCAACUUCAGCACUCAGACCUGGACCAAGACAGAGAACCUCGGCAGUGUCCGGAUAGCCAAGCCCCCAAGCCCUAAGCCCAUGCCCCUCAUCCGUGUGGUGGAAACCUGAGUUUGAGGCGAUGGACAAGGACGUGGAUGCUGCUGGUGCUGUCGCCUCUCGCCUGUGGAGAAGCCCACCACCCUACAGGAUGUUAACACUGACUUUGACUUUUGGAAUGUUCUCUGGCUGUGCCUGGGGCCCGGGGGCUUGCAUGUCAUGCAGGUCCCUAACUUCUGCCCUGUUUGCUGGGCACAUGGAACAUGUACACCUCCUCUGGGCUCUGCAGCCUUUGGGAGACGGUGUCCUGCGGGCAAUGUCUUCUUCCCAUAGUUGUAUUUUUCUCUGUAGCAGAGCCUUCCUUUAUUGUAUCCUGGAAUCCAGCUGUCCCAGAAGCCUGGCCCUCCUGUGGUUGGGAGAAGUGUCCAGAUUUGUCUCAGCCCUAGAAGCCGGAGGCACAGAUAUGCAGAACGAGUGGUGUAUGUCCUGAGGAAUAGAGUUCCUUCUGCAAACACAGCUCAGCUCUCAGUAGUUUUUCACCCCUCCAUCCGUACUGACCUGGGCCUCUUCCAGGCCUGGCUGGAGUCAGGGAACUAAACCAGCUGCAGACAAAGGAGCGUAUGUUCACCCUGUAGCUUUUAACAGGACGAUUUUCUGGGGCUGUGGACACUUACGUGAGACUUCUGUCUGCUGUGAAACUUCUCACAAUCUUAGAAUUUCCCCCUAAGUGCACCACAAGGCACACCUCAGUCUUCCAGACCCAGAGCAUAAAUACUAUGUUUUUACUUAGUUACAUCAUUCCCAGCACAGCUCUCAUUGUAUUUAUUUUGCUAAGUUAUUGGUGUUUUUGCUUAUAUCUCAUACUCAUAAUUGAUUUCAUACCAGAGUUCUGUAGUCUUCUCUUGUGAUCCAUGGAUUUGCUUGGAACUGGGGGAAACGUUCCCACUAGCCCUAUUGAUAUCAGAUGUCAUUGUGAUAAAUCUCCGCUCUCUGCCUUCCACCUGUUCCUUACCCUUCUUCCUCCGGACUGUGUACCGCAGGAAGGCAAGGAUACAUUCCUUGAGGUAUCGGGUUCUGGGUCUAUGUUGUUUGGGGAACCCAGAGAUCGGGGCUCUUUGUAGAGACAGGACGUGUUCUCCUAACUCCUCUGAAUCCCUUUGCUCCAUAUUUAGUCUUUUUAUUAUUUUAUUUUGUUUUAUAUUUUUGAAACAGGAUCUUACGUAUUGUCCAGGCUGGCCUUGAACUCUUUUUUUUUUUUUGGUCUUUUUCCUUUUUAUCGGUACCAGGGAUCGAACUCACGACUGCCUGCUUACAAGGCAAGUGCUUAUGCCGCUAAGCUAAAUCCCCAGCCCCUGGCCUUGAACUCUUGAUCCUCCUUCCUCAGCCUCUGAGAUUCUAGAUGUGUGCUACCGUACCUGGAUCCAUAGUUGGUCUUUAUCUUGGCUUUGAAUAUCCUGCAAAUCAUGUUUUCUUUAGUUUUUCCCACAGCCUUAAGAACUAUACAAGCACCCCAGCAUGAUACAGUAGGAAACAGAGGUAAUGUGGGUUGUCUUAGGCUGUAUUUGGUUGACAACUGGAAGCCGUAAGUCUGUGUGUCUCUGUGGGUCAGGACUGAGCUUACCUUCUGACUUCAUGUGUAAUGGUGUCCUGGGAUUUGGGGCUGUUCCCUCAGGUGCCAAAUGAAGGUGUUGGGCCUGAUCAUCUCUGUAUCUCUUCAAGUUCUUGUAUUUUGUUUCUGUGGCAUAUUCUUUGCGUGAUGAAUUUAAUUAAAUUGUGCCAGUGUGUCUCCUUGA